UUGUUUCUCAGGGAGCUUGUUUCAGAGGUUGCAUACAGUCAUCGGCAGAACGCAUGUGCUUGUUGUUUAUAACGUAACACGUUAAAAUAAUUAAACUUUGUUACUGAAAUAAAUAGCCACGUACUGCGAAAAUGAAGCUGUUAACGCAUAACAUGUUAACAUCCCACGUGAAAGGUGUGACUAAAGGAUACCCACUUAUUAUCAAGGCAACAGAAGUGAAAGUGAAUGAGCUGGAGUUCAAUUCUCAGUUUGUGAGCCGGAUGAUCCCUAAACUGGAGUGGGGUGCACUGAUCCAGGCAGCAGAAUGGCUUGGACAGUCUCAAGACCUGCCCAGUACUCUCAUACCAGACUAUGAAAAGGACGAGGAAUUCCUGCGGAAAGUUCACAGAAUUCUUCUGGAGGUUGAGGUUAUAGAGGGAUCUUUACAGUGUCCUGAAUCUGGCAGAGAGUUCCCGAUCUCCAAAGGUGUUCCCAACAUGCUACUCAAUGAAGGCGAGUAGUUCAAGCUGCUUCACGUGUCCCACAAGAAAAGAUACCGAAUAUCAGACCAACAUUUUUGGGGUGCCAUUUUAUUCAAGGGAUAAUGGAGUGAAACAUAAUUCAGGAGUUAUGCUGAUUUAUACAGUCAUGUUCAACUACUGUCUCCAAACAUGUGGUUGCUAUGAGAAUUUACUUUUGUGUUGUUUCUCUCAUUGUAUAUUGUGCUUUGUAAAAUAUGAAAUAAAUUUGUAUUGAUUUAA